AUGCAUUCUUCGCUUCAACAGAGAGGUCUUCUUCCACCAGCUUUAUAACUUUCGUUCUUGCUCUUUUCCCAACCAUCUGGAACACAGUUCUGGUGAAGGUUGAGGCAGGAAUUAAUUAGCGUGUAUCAGACGAUCAAGAAGGUCGUUAUAACCAAAUUGGCAGCAAGAAGCUGGACAUUCAAUCCACUACAAAAUGGUAAGGGUACCAGCAUUCAAGAUAAAGGUGCGGAAGGAGAGGAACGAAUAUUUGGAGAAAGCGGCCCAAACACAUUUGGUAGUGGCUACCCUCAUCACAACUGUGACCUUUGCCGCAGCUAUAACCAUGCCUGGUGGUUUUGUUGGCACUGGAGGUGACCCUCAUUAUGAAGGCUCUGCAAUUUUGAGGAGAAAUGCUGCUUUUAAAGCGUUCAUUAUCACUGAUGCCAUAUCCUUGGUGCUAUCUAGUUCUGCUGUUGUUAUUCAUCUACUCAUGCCACUUUUGUUCAAGUAUACCACCGAAUCUGAAGAAGCCAAAAAUGAUGGAAUCGAAUCUAAAGAUGCCAAAAAUGAUGGAAUCGAAUCUGAUAAAAUUCGUAACACUUUUCUCAACAUGGCCUUCAAUUUUAUUUUGAUGGCCAUGGGAACAAUGAUGCUGGCAUUUAUCACGGGUGCAUAUGCUGUGUUAGCGCAUUCCCUAGAUCUUGCCAUUACCACUUGUGUUAUUGGCUCAUGCUUCUUUGUCAUCAUCUUUUUGAUAUGUGGAAUGUAUAGGAAGGAUCUAGGUUUAGGUGAUAAGCCGGUUUGGUAAGUAAAAUCCUAAGAAAACAACCAAAUAGAGCAGCUUUCAGAUUAAUUAUCUUUCAAGUCCACCAAGCUACUUUAUCAUGUAAAUCAUAAAAUCAGGUCAUGGGUCCAAUUAGUUUGCUUGUUUGUUCAUCGCAAUCUAAAAGAUGUUAUAAUUAUUAU